GUAAACGAUUUUGUUAUAAUCCCUUGGUCAAACAGAACUGCCCACAAGCGCAUGCCACCCUGCACGUUGACCAGAAGACAUAGACGUUUUCGCCUCAAACUCCUCAUCUCUCAGGCUACAAAUAAUGGCAAAAGUUACAACAAUUUCGCUCGUCGAGAGCAACCGUGCCCCAAUGGGUGUAACGCUGGUUCACUCAGAUCGCACAAACACCCCAGAAGAUCCAACAGAUCUUGUUGAACUAGCAAGACAAGUACAGAAGGCAGAUGAGUUUGUGAGGGCCAAUGCAGGUAAUCGACUGAUGACGAUAGCCGAGCAGAUUCGACAUCUCCAGGAGCAAGCUAAGAAGGUCCUAGAGGAGGCCAAGAGGGAUGCAGAUCUCCAUCACGCCGCAUGCAACAUAAAGAAGAGGCCGGGACACCGGUAUUACCUUUACAUGAGGGACUCGGGGCAGAAGUACUUCUCGAUCCUCUCCCCUGAGGAGUGGGGAAGCAGUUGUCCACAUGAGUACUGCGGAUGUUACAAGAUGGAGUACGACAUGUCAUGGACGCCCGAGAAGGAUAUACCAAAGAGGAGCGAGGAGAUCGCAAUCAUCGACAAACUCCUGUCCAGUCAAGCUAUGAUAACCUAUGACCCCCAGCCCAACUUUGACGGAAUCAUACCCAGGAUAGCAGGCACCGGCACUGCGGCAGAGAACAUGGAAGAUAGCUAGAAGGGUUUUGGAAAACUUUUUUUUUUAUUAAGAGAACAGUUUGACUGUAUUCAUACAAAAGCUGAUCGUUAUGCUUUUGGAAUGGAAAAUCAAGUGCAAAUUAUGAAUAAAUGACCACCUUCCAUGUCUUUUGAGAGCAUAUAUACACAGCAAAUGUAACCAUUAUCAACGAUACAGGUUGUCUUUGGACUUUGGAAUCAGUCCACUAAUUCAUGGAGUGUUGGAAUUCCUUCUAACUUGAUUUUCUUCAGAAAAGUUGC